CUUCUGGGGAACAGAGGAUUUGGUCGCAUUCGAGUAGAUCCUCUAGAGCCUUCUGUUUCAAAACCCUUGAAGACCUAACUCAUUAAGCGCUCAACAUGGACGUGGAUCUCUACGACGAGUUUGGCAACUACAUUGGUCCGGAUUUGGACGACGAGGAUGAUGAGGAAGAGGAGUACACCCUUCCGCAAAGUCGGCCAAUGGAAGUCGGCGACGAAGAACCCGAGGAGGAGGAGCGGGACAAUGGAAUGAGCUUGAUGCACGUAGACGAGCCAACAACGCAGAUCGUGCUCCACGAGGAUAAGAAGUACUACGCGACCGCAGAGGAGAUCUACGGGCCGGAUGUCGAGACUCUAGUGCAAGAGGAGGACACGCAGCUGUUGACGGAGCCCAUCAUUGCACCCGUAAAGAAAAGGAAGACUUACGUCCAGGAGAAGGACCUUCCACCAACAUUCUACAACAAAGAGUUCCUGGCAGAUCUGACGGCAUUUCCAGAGUUGACGAGGAAUAUUGCAAUCGUCGGGCAUCUGCACCACGGCAAGACGUCGUUGGUGGAUGUGCUUGUAUCGCAGACGCACGAUAUGCAGUGGGAUCUGGAGAGCAAGGAGCGAUACACCGACGUUCACGAAUUGGAGCGUGGUCGUGGAAUUAGUAUCAAGAGCAUGCCCAUGUCGCUGGUUUUGCAGGGCCUGAAUGGAAAAUCGCAUCUGCUGAAUAUCUUUGAUACUCCCGGCCAUGUCAACUUCUCCGAUGAAGUUUCCGCUGCCCUGCGGAUCUGCGAUGGAGCUGUGCUCGUGGUUGAUGCCGUGGAGGGUGUGAUGGCCAACACGGAACGCAUUAUCAAACACCUUGUGGCAGAGAAGAUACCGGUGACCCUGCUGAUUAACAAAGUCGACCGUCUGAUACUCGAGCUGAAGCUUCCCCCCAACGACGCAUACUUCAAACUCCGACACACGAUCGAGGAGGUCAACACCAUCCUUGCCACUUGCUCAGAAGACGUGCGGUUAUCGCCCGAGCUAGGAAACGUUUGCUUCGCUUCGAGCCAGAUGGGAUGGCUCUUUUCGCUCAAAUCCUUCGCUCAGAUGUACUCCGAGUCCUACGAAAACUUUGACACUGACGAGUUCGCGAAGCGUCUGUGGGGGGACAUUUACUUUGAUUCGGAGAAGAGGACAUUCAGGAGGAAGCCGUUGGACAGUUCUAGCAAGAGAACGUUUGUGCAUUUCAUCUUGGAACCUCUGUUCAAGCUAUAUGCGCAUGUCAUCGGCGAAGACCCUAAGUCUCUGAAGAGCGUUUUGUCGUCUUUGGGCAUAUACCUCAAGCCGGCCCAGCUAUCAAUGAACGUCAAGCCCCUCCUGAGGAUCGUUUGCGAGCAGUUUUUCGGAACUGUUGGUGGAUUCGUAGAUAUGAUUGUUGAUAAGAUCCCAUCGCCGAAAGAGAACGCGGUCACAAAGGUGGAGCACAUCUACACUGGUGACCUCAACGGCCAAUACGGAGUAGCGAUGAAAGAGCUGGAUCCGGAAGGCCCUCUGAUGGUCCACAUUGUCAAACUGUACAAUGCGACCGACAUGACGGGCUUCGACGCCUUUGGUCGAGUGAUGAGUGGAACCGUCAAGCUGGGCCAGAAGGUCCGGGUGUUGGGAGAGGGGUAUACGCCGGACGAUGAAGAGGAUAUGACCGUACGGGAAGUGACAGGCCUGGCGAUUUACGAAAGCAGAUACAAAGUCAAAGUGACCUCGGCGCCUGCGGGAAGCUGGGUGCUACUGGAGGGCGUCGAUUCCGGUAUCCUGAAAACUGCCACGAUCACGAGCACGGAUGUCGAUGAGGACGACCCGGUGUACAUUUUCCGAUCGCUACGAUACAACACACAGCCUGUAGUCAAAGUCGCAGUCGAGCCAGUGAACCCGACGGAGUUGCCGAAAAUGUUGGAUGGGUUGCGAAAGAUCAACAAGUCGUACUCGAUAGUGCAAACGAAGGUGGAGGAAAGCGGAGAACACAUCAUUCUUGGAACGGGAGAGCUGUAUUUGGACUGUGUCCUGCAUGAUCUGCGACGCCUAUACUCUGAGAUCGAGCUGAAGGUUGCUGAUCCUGUUGUGAGGUUUUGCGAAACGGUGGUGGAGACGAGUACUCUGAAAUGUUUCGCGGAGACUCCCAACAAGAAGAACAAAAUUACCAUGGUUGCAGAGCCUCUGGAAAAAGGGAUUGCGGAGGACAUCGAAGAUCUACGUGUAUCAGCGAAGUGGCCAACACGUCAACUGAGCGACUGGUUCCAGAAGAAGUACGACUGGGACAUGCUUGCAUCACGGAAUAUCUGGGCGUUCGGUCCCGACGACGAAGGCGGUCCCAACCUGCUCCUCAACGACACGCUCCCAGCCGAGACGGAUAAACAGCUCCUCACAGCUGUUCGCGACUCCAUCAAACAGGGAUUCCAAUGGGCUACCAGGGAAGGCCCAUUGUGUGACGAGCCGAUCAGAAACGUGAAGUUUAAGAUCCUCGACGCGUCGCUGGCGCAGGAAGCCAUCUACCGCGGAGGAGGCCAGAUAAUCCCCACCGCCCGCCGUGUCUGCUACUCCUCCUUCCUCAUGGCGACACCGCGCCUGAUGGAGCCCGUCUACUUCGUCGAAGUGCAAGCCCCAGCCGACUGUGUGUCCGCAGUGUACACCGUCCUCGCCCGCCGUCGUGGCCACGUUACACAGGAUAUCCCAAAACCUGGGUCACCGCUGUACACGGUCAAAGCGUACAUCCCCGUCAUCGACUCGGCAGGUUUCGAGACGGAUCUCAGGACGCAUACCCAGGGUCAAGCCUUCUGCCAGCAGAUGUUUGACCACUGGCAGAUCGUGCCCGGGGAUCCGCUGGACAAGAGUAUUGUGCUGAGGCCGUUAGAGCCUAGUCCCGCACAGCACCUGGCGAGAGACUUUAUGGUCAAGACGCGGAGGAGAAAGGGGUUGAGCGAGGAUGUCGCCGUAACGAAGUUCUUUGAUGACCCGAUGCUGGUCGAGCUGGCGAAGGUUGAGGGUGGCUUAUUGUUGUAGAAUAUUUUGCAGAGACGAUAUCUUAUUUCCAAAGGGCGUGUGAGGGGUAUAUGGCGGCUGUUGCAUAUAUGUAAAUUGAAUAGGAUUCUACAGCGAUUUGUAUGUAAUAUUGCA